AUGGCUAAAAAAAAGGGCAACAACAAUAACAACCAUGUUACAACAAAUAACAAUUCGUAUGAUAGUGAUGAAGGUGAGUGGACUAGUGUCCCAACCAAAGAAGAAAAAAAUAGAGAAAGAAAAGAAAAAAAAGAGGUUAGAGAACAUGAAAAAAAGAAAAAGAGAGAUCAAGAACAAAAAGAACAUGAUGAAAAACAAAAAAAAAUUGCAGAGUUAUUUUCAGAUUCAUCUAAAGCAUUUUCAAUUAAAAAUAGACCAACCAAUUAUAAUCCAUGGAAUAUUUUAGAUGAUGAUGCAUCAGAUGGUGAAGUUGGUGUAGAACAACAUUCACAUCCAAAAAGACAACUCCAAAAACAAUAUGAGAACCCAGAUAAUGGGUACAGUUUUAAUCCAGGUAAACUAACUGAAAUUAGAGAAAAAGAAAAACAACUAAAAUUAAAACAAAAACAAAAAAAACAAAAACAACAACAAAAACAACAACAAAAUCAACCACAAUCAAAUGAAAGAUUAGCAUUUGCUGAAGCUCUCAAAACUUUUGAGUUUGACAAAUAUUAUGAAUUAUUAAAGAAUGUUGAAACUAAAUUUCCCUCAGUUGUCGAUAUUCAAGUUCAAUAUGUUUCUGAAUUUUUAGAAAACCAUUUUGGUAAAGUACCAAGCGACCAAACUGUAUAUCAUCAGAAACUAGAUUAUUUAUCAAAAUUUGAUGAAAAAUUUAAAAAAGAAACAAUUUCAUUUUUUGAAAGAAAACCAAUUGGUAAUAUUAUUCCAACAGUUAUUUUUUUAACUAAUAAUAUUGUAUCAAUUUUAAGAAAAGAUAAAGGUUCAAUGACAACUAGUGGUGUUGGUCUAGAAAUUUUACUUCAAACAAUCUUAAGAUAUUUCCCAGAUGCCUUAUUAAAGAAUGCAAAUCAUUUUAAAUCUCUUAAUUUACAAUCACUCAAACCAAAUGUAGUAUCAUUAUAUCUUUGGUUGUUUUAUCAACCAAUCAAUACCAAUCCAUCCGUAUCCUCAUCAUUGUGGUUACAAAUUAUUUUCCCAGCAUUGUAUAAAUCAAAAAUUAAUAGCGAGCAAAAUCUAGAAUUAUUUGUUAAAUUUUCAGAUCUUUUGUUGGAAUCAAAGAAAAUUCAAAAAAAUGGUGUAAAAAUAGAAGAAACUGUAUUAGAUUUGGCAUUAGACGAAUUUAUUAAUGCAUUAAUUUUACAUAAUGUCCAACCAGUUGCAAUGAAAUAUUCAGACUUUUUAUUUGAUGUCGAAAAAUUAUUCCCAAACAACAAAGUAUCACCAGCUUAUUUCCUUACCCUUUUGAACUAUUGUGUCACCUUUGAUGAAAAUUUAAGAAAUAUGCUUUUAAGCAAAGUUAUUGAUUGUUUAAAUUUAGAUAAAGAUUGUUAUUCAGUAAUAAAGGGUAGAUAUGUGGAAAUUAUAGCUCAGGUUAAUAAUUUAUUAUUAUUCAUUUUAUUACAAUGGAGAACUUUAGAAAAGAGUGGUAUUCAAUUGGUAAAUCUUUCAAAAUCAAAUAUUUAUGAUUUAGCAUUAUUUUCCCAAAAUGAAAAUAAUAAUUUAUCAAAUAAAUAUUACCAAAAUAAUACCAAUAGUGUAGCAAUAACAAACAAUUCAAAUAAAAAAGGUAAACAGCAACCAGCUAAACACAAAUCACCAAGCUAUGAUAUCGAUGAGGUUAACCUUUGCAAUGCAACUUGUGAUGCUGCAAUUUCCUCUUUUAAACCCAGUCAUAUCCUCAGAAAUGUUUCAAUCGUUUUAGCUCCAAUAGUUAUUGCCGCUUUUGGAUAUUACUCAAGAGAUCCAAUAUGUAAUAAAUUUAAUCAUGAAUUAUUACAAAAAUAUUUAUGUCAAUAACUUAUCGCUAAAUACUAGUGUACAUUAAUCAAGAAAACCCCACAUAACCACACCAAAACAAUAUAUAUAAUUAUAAUAAACCAAAUAAAAUAAAAAAUAAGAUAAAAAAACUUUAUAUG